GUGAAGAUCAUGAUGAUGAUGAUGAUAUUAUUAUUGAUAGAAUACUCUUGCUUUUCAGAAAUAUAUUACAUAUACCAUCUGACCCUGCUGAAGAAAAAAGGACAGAUGAUGAUGUCGAUGCCCAUGGUCAAAUAAUUUGGAAUCUUCACAUUAAUGGAAUUUUUGAGUUAUUGUUGUUCGUUGGUAGUAAUCCUAAUAAGACUCAGUGGUGCAUACAUGUAUUGGAAAUAGUCUUCCUUUUACUGAGAGAACAAACACCGUCUAACUUGGCAACAGCUGACGUACUUGUACAGGUAGCUCAAUCUUUUGCAGAGAGGCAGAAUGAUGAAAAUAAAAUUUACGAACUGAUGGAACUUGAAAGAAUAAAGCAACAAAGAUCACAACUGACAUUCGGUAGAAGCUCUCUUGGUAGAAGACAUUCAAAUUUUGGAGGUGUCUAUAUUACUACUUCUAGUGGAAAAAAGUCGAUCUGCUACAGACCAUUGCUAGGAUUUAGUGAUAAUUCAUUUGAUAUUGAGAACAGGCCAAGACAUACACGUAUACCAAAGAACAGGAAAUUUUUGGUUACCGAUUGCCAAUCUAGACCCUCUACUUACAGCAUUAGAGUUGUACUGCAGAAUAUCUGUGCUCAAGUGCUUGAUUAUUGCUUUAAUGUCCUCAUGAGAGUUGUCAAAGAUACUAUUAAGAGGCAGCACUCAAUGGAGAGUGUUGAGACUUUUUAUUUAUGGGCAAUGAGAUUCUUUAUGGAGUUCAGUCGUUUGCAAAAUUUUCGUGUGGAUAUUGUGAGUGAAUCACUUCAAUUACCAACUGUUCAUCAAGUGUUACAAUUAAUUGCAAGAUAUUAUGAGCAUACCUGUACAUGUAUGAAGAAAAGAGAAAGACUUGCUGCAAUUCAAUGGGGACAGAGGUUGCAUUAUGCAGUUUCAGCUUACAAGGAAUUGCUGUUACAUGUUCAGGAAAUGAUACAAUCCAAAGAUGAUACUGUUGUUCAGAGCUCAAAAGUCAUUUUGAGGGACUUGCUGUAUCACCCAGAGUACCGUGAUGUUUUUCUGAUGGUACUUCAAAUUUACAAUCAAGCUAUCAUGCCACGUAGUUUCCUGCAAGAUGUGAUAGAAAUGACUCAUGUCUAUUUGCGUCUGGUCAAGCUUUGUUUUAAGCAAAAUGGGCAACUUUUUAUUCAAAAGAAAAUGGAACAAACUACAGCAAAAAAAAAAACUAACUCUCAACAACCACCAACUGAAGACCAGUUGAUGGAGAUGUGGGAAAGUUUGGAAAGUGAAAUCCAACAUGUCAUAACCAAUACUGCUGGUGCUAGUGAGCUACCUUCUCCUUUUGAUGGAGCCAGUGAUACCCCAAUUGAAGAGCAGAAGAUUGAAGUAAUGAAAAAUAUUCAUAAAAAUCUUAAGACUCAGAACAUUAGGGAAGCUGUACUUAUGAUGAAAGCUGCUUGUGAAGUAUGGCCUGAUGAUAUUUUUGGUUCAAACAUGGUUUCGCCAUCAAAAGAAAUCUCUGUGCUUAAAGAAAUAUUUUUCAAUCCUUUAUCAGUUAUUGUCUCAUUUUUUCACUUAGUAACCACUGGCCAUGAAUAUGAAGAGGAAGAGGAACGAUCUGUCCAAGAGAAUGUUACAAGUAUUGGACUUGAAAUGGAUUUGAAUAGAUUUACAGCAGCGUUUGCUAAUGAUAAGAUUGUUCAGGUCUAUAGUUUGGCUCUUGCUAACUACAAAAGCAACACUGACGGUUUGAAUCAUGCUAUAAUCAAGAUGUUGCAUACAAUAUCAAUUAAACAUGAAAUGAUGCCUAUGCUCUUCCAAAUGUCUCUCUUUAGAAUCUUCUCUGAUAUUUUGGAUGAACCUCCCCUCCCAAGAUACCGAGAGUUACAGGAAUUUAGCUCGCGUGUAGUUGCAGAUUUUUUUAUUCUUUCUCAACAGAAUGCUAUGAUGUUUGCAGAGCUAUUGAUUUGGAAAACUUGUGAGGAUUGUUAUGAGCUUCAAGAAGGUUAUGGUGCCAUUCAGCGCAAAAGGCAUCUCAAAGAAAGCAGAAAUGUUUGGACUAGAGAACAAGAGAAUGAGUUAUCUUCCUUAUAUGAACAAUUCAAGAAUGAAACUGACAUAGUGGGCUGUAUUUUGGAUGCCUUGCCUAGUGAGCAGUGCAGGACAAGAGGAAUUAUCGUGUCAAAACUAGUUUCAAAGGGGUUAGUUAGCAGCAGCAAAGAAUUGCAUGAGAACAAAACUAACAAAGAACCAUGGUCAGAAGAAGAAGUCUCCACACUUAAAUCACUUUGGCAACCAUCUGACAAUAUUACUCUAUCUAUAGAACAGCUGUCGUGCUCAUUUCCAGGACGAGAUAUAAGAGACAUUAAGAAACAAUUACAGAACCUUGGGUUGGUGCAACCUUCAUCCAGAAAAAGAAAGUGCCAAGAAAAUGAGGUUAUUUCACUAGAGACAGAACCAAGAGAAGAUAUCAAGAAGAAGAAAGGAAAAAAAGGAAAUGUUGAUACAUUAGUUCAAGCAAUUCAUGCUAAUGGUUAUUCUAAUCAACUGGCUUGGCUUAGUACCUACAUCAAUGAUGAAGCAAAAGACAGAGAAUUGGACUCUGAAUGGGAAGAACUGUGUAUAGUACCUGUAGAACAAUCAAUUGCUGAGGCAUUGGAAACCACAGUAUUUAAUAAAUUAAUGAUAUCAAUUGAUCUAAUGCCACCCAGUGAGCAGGAAAUCUACUGGAGGAUUCCAUCGUCAAUGAGUCCGCAAAAUCUACAAACAAUUGCUGAAUCUUUAAAUGCACCUCAAAGGGACACUGAUAAUCUACUUACUUCUUCACCAGAAGAUGAAGAAGCACAAGACAUACAAAACAUGAGUACAAAUUCAAACACUACUACUUAUGGAGCUGUAUCUUGGUCAGACGAUGAGGAUGACAAUUCACACCUUGCAUUAGCUAAUGAUAGAGAUCCUUCACGGAGUCCCUCAGAAGCACGAAAACGAUUACCAAAGGAAAGAGAAGUGAAACAACCACCACCGAAGAGAAUUAGAGUCAGAACUCAAUUUGAUUCAAACGACGAUGACGAUGAUGAUGAUGAAGUGAACAUUUGUAGAUCUAUUUCUAGAGAAAGAGAUGAGCCUCAUUGUCAUAAGAGGAAUGCUAGAACAGAUCACAUACAGCCAUAGAUGGUGGUACGUGUCAUCUGUUUUUCUCUGAAUUAACUUUGUUAAAUAUAUACAAUUCCGCAGUAUAAUAACCUCUUAAAUUAUAAUUGCUAGCAUUUGUGAUACUGUA